GCCUCCCACCACACCCACAGAAAAACCCAACCCAGCAGAGGUUACGACGAUGACGAUGAUGUCUAUGACAACGAAGACAAUGACCCAACCAAGUUCAUUAUCAAGCGCUGUAACUGGAAAGGCAACGGAAAGGAUUUCAUUAGCAGAAUGGCAUGCUAUGGUCUUCGCCAAACUCGGGUUGCUUGUUGACCUCAUCCAGAUAAUGUAUCAGAAUCGAAAAGAAUCUCCAUUUCAAACUCGCCCCGCCACCAAGGCCAUUUCCGUCGCAGCAGUAUGCAUUUCUGGCUUCGCAGCAGCAGCUCUACUCAAAUCCAAAGCAGUGAGAGUGGAGGAGGAGGAGGAGGAACAAACCACUGGGCAUUUUCUCUACUGCCAUCGAAUCCUCAACAUGCUUGUCCUGAUCUCAGGUGUUGUUACCAUGUCCUGCCUUGUGUCCGUCUUCAUCCCAGAUGGGCUUGGUUGGAUUGUGUUUGUCUCAUGUGCUAGUUCCAUCUCUGCUCUAGUCGUGGGUUGGCAUUUCCUUUUUCUACCCAUUUUCAAAAGAACCAAAUCCGGCCAUGGUGAAUCGAGGCCCAGCAUGGUGUAGUUCUCCAUCUUUAUCACAUUUGUCCCAUUUCCACUGUCUCUAAUCCUUAUACAUACAUAUGUAGUAGCAAAAAUAUCCGUGCUAUAUAUGGGAUGAACCAAGAUAAAAUAUUAGUAAAAGCUGUAUUAUGGUCGAAUACUAGGUCUAUAGCUUAAAUAAAUUUAUGAAUUCCCUUUUUAAUCAUAUCAUGUGUGAAGCAUCAUAAUGUAGAACCCUUAAAAGUGAUGAGAAUAGAGGUCUUGUUGUAAACUUAUGUUGGCCUUAUAUGCUAAUUGCAACUUUUUACCAUUUUAAAUACUGUUUCUUGCAUUACAAACACUGUCACACCAGUCACCAUGUAUGUCUCCUCCAAAUGAAAUUUGAAGUGAUGAGAAUAGAGGCUUGUUGUAAAUUCAUUGGCCUUAUAUAUAUGCUAAUUGCAACCUUUUACAAUUUUAAAUACCGUAUCUUGCAUUACGAACACUAUCACACUCACCAUGCGUGUCUUCUCCAAAUUAAUGUAAUCGAAAGCGAUGAGAAUAGAGGCUUAUUGUAAACUCAUUGGCCUUAUAUAUGCGUUAAUUGCAACCUUUUACAAUUUUAAGUACCGUUUCUUGCAUUAUGAACA